AGAAAAGCGACAAUGUACUCGGCGAACGUACGUGCCAGCGUUGCACGCGCGUUACUCCGCGUAGAAUCACGCAGAGAGAUUCACAGUAAUGCGGAAUCUAUCGAGUCAUGUACGGAGGUUGUGAACCGAAAUCCGCGAAAUUUAGAGCGGCUAAGGAUAGCGAGGAAACCUCAGGGAUAUCAUCUCGAAGUACCCGGGCGAACGUAUUGGCACAAACUGUAUCUGAUUAAGAAACCUCGUUACAUUACUGCAGAAGUUCGCCACUUUGAAAAUGGAUCAGUCAUUACAGUCUCUAGCAUGGAAUGGGCAUUAAAGAAGCAGUUAUAUCGGGGUACCGAUGGUUCAGCUUAUAUUAACGUAGGACGUGUCUUAGCUCAGCGUUGUUUGGAAGCUGGGAUUUGCGAAAUGAAAGUUGAUGCUGAGUUAAUUGGAGAAAAAUCUGAAUUAUUAAUUCAACAGUUAAAGAAUAAUGGAAUUUGUCUGACAGAACCACCAGUGUAUAAGUAUCCAAAUUCUUGGGACAGAUAUCGACCAGAAAAGCCAUGGGAGAUCCAUGAAUAAUAUAUAUACCAUCUUUUUCCUACACGAUAAUGUACAAGAAAUAAACUGUGAACUAUAUAAAUGAUAUAGUAUAGCUCUAACGAUACUUCUUGUGAAAGGUAAAUGAAAUUAAACUUGGUGUGAUGUGUGUAUAUUAUUGUAGUAAACCACUGCAAAAUAUCAAGUUUUGUACACUACAAUAUCUCGUUAUAAGAGAUAAAAUAAAUAAUUAUAUCACUAUUAAAUAAACAUCUAAUCUAAAGAUGUAAUGCUAUUAGACUUAUAAGUGUCAUAUCAUUAUCCAAGGCAAAUACAUAUUGUGUUUUUCAUAAUGGUAUAAGAAUUAUAAUAAUGAAAUGUUAUUACAUUUUACUUAUCAUAAUGACUAUACAAUAAAAAAUUUAAGUUAGAUACAUGUACAUAUACAGAUUGAUACAAAAACAAUUCUGAGGAUUUAAUAGAUUUAUCAAAAGAUUGAAUGUAAAUAUGAUAAAUAUUAGUUUAUGAUAUACAUAUAUUAUAUAUGUGUAUAGUAUAUAAUACAUAGUUUGAGUAAUAUAUUAUGUUAUAUAAAUAUAUAAUACUGAAACUAUGUAUUAUAAACUACAUAUAUAAUCAUCAGAGCUAUUCCUAUGUCAUUCUGCAUAUAUUAAUUAGAAAAAUAAUUUUGGAUUUUUCUUUUGCUACUGAUAUUUGUUAUAAUGAUAUUCUAUAUUACGACAUGAUUCUAAUUACAGCAUUUUUAAGUACAAUCAAAAUCCGCAAUAUGCAUUAACUUAUGCACACUAUUUCGCAAAUCAUUAAGUUAAAUUGCUUGCUCAGAACAAAUAAAUAAAAACGCAAUAAACAUUUUAAAUAAUUUAUAACUACUUUCUAAAGUAAUGAAAUCACAAAGUUGGAAAAGAAUUUAUUCAUGUAUUGCGUGGGGUAUAAUUAGAUCGUUAAUAUAUAUUCAUCUGUAUUUAAAAGAAAUAGAAUAAAGCAAUAUGAGAUAUA